CAAUUAUGAAGACUCGCCCGGUGAAAAUGAAAUGCAAACCAUCCAAAUAGAUACAAACGAAGAGAAACCUUUGGACGAGAGAAGCCAAAGACGAAAAGGCCUUGCAGACUUGGCUACAGCUAAUUACCAUGUCGGAACGCAUUCAAAGUGCAUAAGGCCCACUGAAGAUAUUUUUAAUCCCGAAGAUCCUAAAAUUCGUGAGGAUAUAGUCCGAAUGAUAAUUCAAUAUCUUUCCGAUGAAGGCUAUACCGUAUCGAAAAUGACCAUUUACGACGAAGCAAACGUGAAAUGGAAUGAAAGAGAAGAACGCGUCGUGGAAGUCAAGCGACUAAAGAAAGCAGUAUUUGAUGGCGACUGGGCAGAGGUUGAUAAGCUUUGUGCUAAAUCUUUGGUUAAGAAUCAUAAAAGUUUCUUGUAUGCUGUUUACAAACAACAGUAUCUCGAACACAUUGAGAAUCAGGAAAUUCAAAAGGCUUUCUCUUUCCUGAAUAAAAGGUUGAAGCCACUUGAACAUCUGCAAAUGACGCCUAAUGAAUUUAAAGAUUUGUGCUACUUGUUGACCGCAAAAGGCGUACGCGACGCGCCAUCGUUCAGAAAUUGGGAGGGGAUUGGUCCUGCAAGGUUAUUACAGGAUUACAGCAGUUUUGUCAUACCAAAUGCAGUACGAGCGACAUUAACCGGACAUCGCGGUAAUGUUAAGUGCGUUGGAUUCAUCGGGGAGGAAGGCCGUAAAAUUGUUAGUGGUUCUAGGUGA